AUGGAGGAUAAAGGGUGUUACAAUCACGGACCAACUCAGGAGAUUUCAAAUAGCAAUGCAAUUAGUUUUGAGUUCCAUAAAGGCAAUGGAGCUAGCCGCAGUGGUCAUCACCGAACAGCUUUAGGCAAACCAACACCAUCCAAAUGGGAUGAUGCACAAAAAUGGCUAGUGGGAUUGUCAAGAGGAGGGGGAGGAGAUAGAAAAGAAAGCAAGCCAAGAAACUCAAAUGCCGACGAUAGGAGACUUAUAGCUCCGGUUCCUCAGAUGGAACAGGACUAUUCAAGUGGAGAAGAUGAAGCUGAAGGAAAAGCAGCAAACGGGUGUUCUAUUUCAAUCACAAAUCAAUAUGAAGUGGAAACAAAGAAGGUCGAUUGUGAUGAGUCAGUAUGGAGAAUUAAUAAGCCUGUGCAGAACUCAACGGUGACUGCUGUUAGAUCAGUCUGUGUUAGGGACAUGGGGACUGAGAUGACCCCCAUAGCAAGCCAAGAGCCUUCAAGAACAGCAACACCUAUUAGAGCUACUACACCGGCGGCGAGGAGUCCUAUAUCUUCAGGAUCUUCCACCCCGAUAAGGGUCCAGCAUGGGUUGCAGGGCAACGAAGGCUAUCAAACAGGUUUAGCAAUGAAUGAAAGUAGAGUUGAGGCUAGUUCUGAUCCCAGAGGGGUUAGUGCAGCAACAAGGCACUAUGGACAAAAAUCUAAUGGUUCUAGGAUACCUGAGAAUAUGGAUUCAGAUCAAGCAAGAAAGAUGAAUGCUCUAGAAACCAGAGCCAUGGCUUGGGAUGAAGCAGAGCGAGCCAAAUACAUGGCAAGGUAUAAGCGUGAAGAGGUGAAGAUCCAAGCCUGGGAAAAUCAUGAGAAGAGGAAAGCCGAAAUGGAAAUGAGGAAAAUGGAGGUGAAGGCUGAGAGGCUGAAAGCUCGAGCACAAGAACGAUUGGCAAACAAACUGGCCUCGACUAAGAGAAUAGCUGAAGAGAAACGUACAAAUGCGGAGGCCCAAAUGAAUGAGAAAGCUGUUAAGACUUCUGAGAAGGCAGAUUAUAUAAGAAGGACUGGGCACUUGCCCUCUUCAUUCUCCUUCAAGUUACCAUCCCUGUGCUGGUAG